CGUUUUCCUAUUACCGACAUCUAUGUGUGGCUAUGAACUUGCCCCAUCAAACAAAGUUCUAGAAUAACUCUGGUACGAGGGAGUUUGCAAGGAGACGGGAAAUGAGCAGCAAAACCGCGAGAAUAGAGAGACUCGUCAGUUGUUGUUAUCUCCAAUGACCAGCUCACGGCAUGCCAGGUACAUAGUAAGCCGCAAAUCGGAUUUUCCAAAUGAAGAUUUGUGCUACCUUAUAAGGGUCUCUCUCUCCAUACUUUGCAUGCGGACUUUUUGCAUUACUCAAUAGAUUAGAUAAAUGUCACCGAUUAACCGAAAGUGCCUACGAACCCCUUUGGAUCUGCAGACGAUUAUAAUUCCAUGUCUCCUGUUGGGAAAUAAGAAAAAAAGAAAACAAUUAAGGAAGUUCUCAGCAAAGAGAAGAAACUUGAAUACAGACUAAUAGUUGAUAUCCCGGGUUUCGAGAAGUAUACAACACUCCCGUCGUUACCUUAAAAAAAAAGUAUGGCUGAUCAAGCAAUGGAGCCCAUUGAGCUUACGACAUCCGAGGAUGUCAAAGCGUGCGCUUCUUUUGAAGAGAUGAAGCUUAAAGAGGACUUGUUACGUGGUAUUUAUGCCUAUGGCUAUGAGACUCCUAGUGCUAUUCAAAGUCGUGCUAUAACACAAAUUUGUAAGGGCCGAGACGUGAUUGCUCAAGCACAAUCUGGUACCGGUAAAACUGCCACAUUCUCUAUUGGUAUCUUACAGUCCAUCGACUUAAGCGUUCGCGAAACGCAAGCACUCAUUCUUUCACCCACACGCGAACUGGCUGUACAAAUUCAAAACGUCGUUUUGGCUUUGGGUGAUCAUAUGAAUGUUCAGUGCCACGCAUGUAUCGGUGGUACUUCCGUCGGAAAUGAUAUAAAAAAGUUGGAUUACGGACAACAUGUUGUCUCUGGAACACCUGGUCGUGUUACAGACAUGAUACGUCGCCGAAACCUUCGGGUUCGGAAUGUGAAAAUGCUGGUUCUUGAUGAAGCCGAUGAGCUAUUAAAUCGUGGUUUUAAAGACCAAAUUUACGAUAUAUAUCGUUAUCUUCCUCCUGGAACCCAAGUUGUUGUUGUUAGUGCCACGUUACCACAAGAUGUUCUUGAGCUUACAAAUAAAUUUACGACUGAUCCAGUGCGCAUCUUGGUGAAGCGUGACGAACUCACCUUGGAAGGACUGAAACAAUACUUUAUUGCCGUCGAAAAAGAAGAAUGGAAGUUUGACACGCUCUGUGAUCUUUACGAUACUCUUACUAUUACGCAAGCAGUCAUUUUCUGUAACUCACGGCGGAAAGUAGACUGGCUUGCGGAAAAGAUGCGUGAAGCAAAUUUUACUGUUACGAGCAUGCACGGUGAAAUGCCUCAAAAAGAAAGAGACGCAAUUAUGCAAGAAUUCAGACAGGGCCACUCUCGAGUCUUACUAUGUACUGACAUUUGGGCUCGUGGUAUUGAUGUUCAGCAAGUGUCUUUGGUCAUUAACUACGAUCUCCCAAGCAACAGAGAGAACUAUAUUCACCGAAUUGGUCGUAGUGGUCGGUUUGGUCGCAAGGGUGUUGCUAUCAAUUUCGUUACCAAUGACGACGUGCGCAUUCUUCGUGAUAUUGAGCAGUAUUACUCAACCGUUAUCGACGAAAUGCCUAUAAACAUUGGCGACAUGGUUUAAAUAUGCUAACAAUAAACAAAAUGAUUUUGGGCUUUGGGUACACUUUGUCAGCGAACGUGUAAAACAGUAAUAGCAUUAAGAACUUGUCAAUCUAAAAUAAAAUGAAGAAGAAAACAGAAAUAUAUAUACAAUCAUAAAUG